AUGUUACUACAUAGUGGAUCAACUGGUGUCUUGUAUGUGACCACUAGCCGUGUGAUUUGGCUUAGCACAUUAUCUGAACAACAACAGCCUUUGGGUUAUGCAUGGAAGAUGAAUUAUGUGACACUUCAUGCCAUAUCUAGAGAUCCUUGUGCUUUUCCAAGACCGUGUUUAUACUGCCAGAUUAGUAAUCAGGAUGUCUCGGAAGUGCGCUUUGUUCCAAUGGAUGACAAGACGCUCCAAGCAGUAUUUGACGCCUUUUGCAAGUCAGCAGAAAUGAAUCCUGAUGAUGAUAGUGACGACGGUAACGACGAUGAUGAGGGAUGGAUCUGUGAUGAGGAUGAAGUAGCUGAUGGAGCUCGAGCUGCUUACUUGGCUGCGCACUUUGAUUCGAUGCUACAAGUAUCACCAGAGUUUGACAAUCCAAUCGCAGAGUCAGGACAGUUUGACGACGCAGAUGAGGACAGUCUGCUGUAA